CUACAAUUUAUUUUUUUCUUUUUUUUUUUGUUCUUCUUAGUAGCCCUAGAUUUCUCUGGAAACACUCAGAAAUUUCUUCUUUCCUCGCUUAAAUAUCACUUCUCUAACCCUAUCAUCUUUGCUAGUUCUAAGUUUAAGGCUUCAAUACACAAUAAUAUUGUCCUUUUUGUUGAAAGAGAAAGGGAAAAAAAUGGGUUUGAGUGGUAAGUUGAAAAGAAAGGACAUCGACCAAGUUAACGAUGAUUUCUCGGAUUUCUCGCUGUCGUCGCCGGCCACCAAGAUCCGGCGUUUGGAUGCGGAUUUACCCCCCAUAAUAGAGGAAGAAGAGUCCUUUCCUGAGAAUCAAGAAAGAGCCAUCGUUCUCUUUAGCCCACCGCCUCUCUUGCGUUCCCCUUCCACAAUCUCAAUUUCUCUCACUUCUGAACUCAUCUCUGGCUUUAAGAACCAAUAUCUACAGGCAAGUGACAUGCAAUUAGCUGAUUUUGAAGAAGCCGAAACUGAAGAGAGCAAGAAGGGGACGGAAGGAUGUCUAGCGGUUGUUCCAUGGGUUCCUUCUCAGAUUCCUUCAGUAGAAAAUAGAGAUGGUGAGGUGGAAGUUGCAGAGUCAAUGGAAAUGGAUGUAGAAGAAAACAAUAGCGGCGACAGCGCAAGGAUGGAGCAAGGGCAUGGAUAUGAAUUUGGAGGCUUUAAUACAAGCGAGGGUCUCCAUCACUGGCCGCAGCAGCAUUGCAUGAUACCUCAGCUUCCGCAAAACCCUUUCACUCCAAUCACAUGGUCUCAAUGACAACUUAUAGCGGGAGAAUGGAAGUGUUUAUAUUUUUGUUUGUCCGGUCCGGUGUAGGAUCCAAGGAAUAUAGAGAAAGCAAGUAAGAGGUGUAACUGAAGGGGGCAAUGUGGGAAUGUGGCUCCCUUUUUUGUUUGGCUGCAGAAGAGCAACCCAAAAUUAUGGGAGGGGGUAUUCACUGGUUGUAAUUUUGAUGUAGCUAGUGGAAAAUGGAAAUCCUUCCUGUACCAAAUGGAAGGUGCUAUGAUCUAUCUUCUAGUAUGAUUUAAUGGUUAAAAGUGGUACUUGAUGCAAAGCUGUGUGUUUCUUUUUAAACUAUAAUUAUAAUCAAGUAUUAUUACAUA